AUGCGUUAUUCGGCCAUUGCCCUGGCAACUGCAGUUUCUGCGAAGACUCUGGACUCAAUCUGUACUGAUGCCUAUGCGAAGGCAGCAUUGCCCAUCGGUGCCAUUGAUGGAAUCACAAUUGACUCGUCUUCCGUUUCGACCAGCGUUGUGACCAAUUUCACCGCCACCUCUAUUUUCUACCCUACUGAUACCUUCAACUACUGCAAUUUGACUUUUGCCUACUCUCACGAUGGCAUUGAUGGAGAUGUAGUUCAUGUGCAGUACUGGCUGCCUGAGCCGGCCAAGUUCGAGAACCGUUAUGUCUCCACUGGUGGUGGUGGUUGGGCUAUCAACUCUGGAAGCUCUUCCAUUCCUACCGCUUUGAUUGCUGGAGGUGUCGGUGGCCUGACUGAUGGAGGAUUUGGAAGCUUUGAUACUCAAUUCAGCUCGGCUGCUCUGCUGGCUAAUGGAACUAUCAACUGGCAGGCGACUUACAUGUGGGGCUACCAAGCACACAACGAACUCGCCACCUUCGGCAAGGAGCUGACCCGCAACAUCUACGACGUGGCUUCUAAAGACAAGAUCUACUCCUACUACCAGGGAUGCUCUGAGGGAGGUCGUGAAGGAUGGAGUCAGGUUCAGCGAUUCCCAGACCAGUUCGACGGUGUCGUCGCCGGUGCUCCUGCUUUCCGCUGGGCCCAGCAGCAAACCAACCACCUGAGCGGCAACGUCAUGCAGAAGAACCUGAACUACUUCCCCUCCAACUGCGAGCUCGAGAAGAUCAUGAACAUGACCAUUGAAAGCUGUGAUCCCCUCGACGGCAAGACCGACGGAGUCGUCGCUCGGUCCGAUCUUUGCCUUGCUCACCUGAACUGGGACAAGAUCGAGGGAGCAUCCUACACCUGCGCCGCUUCCUCCGGCUACGGCUCUAGCACCCCCGCUUCAUCGGGCACCGUCUCUGCCAAGGCCAUCGAACUUGUCAAGACCUACUGGAAGGGCCUGUAUGACUCUGACGGCAAGCGCGUCUACUUCAGCUACCAGCCCGGUUCUACCUUCACCGAUUUGCAGACCGAGUACAACUCCGAGACUGAUAGCUACGAGCUCGAUAUCAGCGGUCUGGGCGGUAUCUGGAUCGCGCAGUUCAUCGAUUUCAUCAAGGAUGCCGAGAACAUCGAUAGCCUGGAGGGCGUUACCUACGACACAUUGAAGGAGUGGAUGAUCCUGUCGCAGGCCAAAUACGGCGAUAUCCUCCAAACCACGUACCCCGAUCUCACCGAUUUCCAAGCCGCCGGCGGCAAGGUCCUCCACGUCCACGGUGAACAGGAUUACUCCAUCCCCACCGCCUCAUCGGUCCGCUACUGGGACUCUGUGCGCUCGAUCAUGUUCCCCGAGAAGGGAUACCGCGAGGGUGCUGCCGCCGUCGAUGACUUCUACCGUCUCUUCCUCAUCCCCGGUGUCGGACACUGCUCCACUAAUGAAUACGAGCCCAACGCUCCUUGGCCCCAGACCACUCUCCAGACGGUUAUCGAGUGGGUUGAGAAGGGAACCCCUCCGGCUACCUUGGCUGGUUCCGCUGAGAUUGAGGCUACUAUGUGCCGCUGGCCAUUGCGUCCUUUGUGGACUAACAAUGCUAAGACUUUCCAGUGUGUCUAUGAUCAGGACUCGGUGAAUGCUUUCACAUACGAUCUCAAUGCGUACAAGCUGCCUGUCUACUAG